CAGUGAAAAUGCUGCCUUGACAACGCUACGUCAUGGCUUCGGUGUUCCAAAAAGCCUCUGUCAGAAGUCUGUCACUUUUACAGUCUGUGAUAAAACACUUUGUGUACAUGUUGUUGAAACGUUAUGGAUAUUAGAAAGUUUUUCAAAAGACCACCCAGCUCCGUUCAAGCAACAGCAUAAACCCAGUGAACUGACGGAUGGUGUUGUUUCAGCGUGAAGAUGACAAGGACAAGAGUUCAGUACCCCCGGUGUAGUCUGGUCAGUGCUGUGGCCGUCAUCCUCUGCUAUUUGAUGCUCAAGAUGUACCACCACCUGGUCGUCCCAUUGGACUCCAAAUCGCCCCCUUUCCACCAGAUACACACACGCCCCUUUUGGUCCAACAUAUCUAGGAGUGGCACUGCCUCACCACCAGCGGGCCCCUACACUGUCCAAGAGAACUUUACAUGCUCUGCCAAUGACAGCGCAGAGGUCAUUCCAUCACACCUGCCCCAGUCAUACCAGGAAUUCUUACGCUAUAGGCAUUGCCGAGCAUUCCCAAUCCUGCUGACCCCUUCACCUUGCGAGGAUGACCUUUAUCUAUUGUUGGCCGUGAAGUCCACAGCUGUGAAUGUAGACCGCCGUGCUGCAUUGCGGGACACUUGGGGUUGCGCUGGUAGAAUCCAGGGUCAUAAAGUUAAGUUGGUCUUCCUGAUGGGCCGCUCACAUGACAAGGUGCAGGAUCACGACCCCCAGCAACUGCUGCAGUCGGAGAGCCGUCACUAUGGGGACAUCUUGCAGUGGGACUUUGCAGAUAUCUUCUUCAACCUGCCUCGGAAGGAGGUGGGAUUCCUCAGCUGGUUCUCUCGUAAGUGCAGCAGUGCGCAGUUUGUGUUUAAGGGCGAUGACGACAUGUUUGUGAACACAGAGAAUCUGGUUGAGUUCCUGACAGCCCACAAACCUGAGAAUCACCUGUUUGCUGGAUUCAUCCACAGCCCCGAGAUGCCUAUCCGAGACAGAAGCUCAAAGUAUUUUGUCCCUGUCGAGAUAUACCCAGAGGGGAAGCUCUAUCCACCCUUUCCAAGUGGUGGUGGGUAUUUGAUGUCACGGCAGACUAUGUUGGGACUGGAUGUGGCAGCCCAGAAGGUGAAGCUGCUCCCACUCGAUGAUGUCUUUCUGGGCCUGUGCUUGCAGCAAAUGGGUGUGAAGCUCACACACCACAGAGGUUUUCUGACAUUCGGCAUCGACAACAAGAAUGACCUAAAGCACCCCUGUUUUUAUCGUGGAAUCAUGCUGAUGCACAAGAUGAGCCCGGUAGAGUUGCGGGUCAUGUGGUUGCUGAUGCAAGACAGUCCACCAUGUGGUAGUAGUGGAAAAACACUUUGAGAGAAUCCUACCUCCUGUCCUGCCAAAGCUGAGUUGUUACUCUGUGGAUGGGAUCACAAUGUUUUUUUUAAACAGCAUGUAGAAUGACAAAAAUACAAAA